GUUGAAGGUGCACCAGAGAAUGCACAUCCGGGCAACCUGUUCUUUUGCUAAGGCAGCCUGGCAGCGUAUACCAACUGCAGCUAUAUACAUGUUAAAGUCCACCCGCAUACUUUAUUAUUUGCGCGCUUCGUGGAAACACCCCGCAGUGCCGGUCAAGUCCUGUCCGUUAGGGCCAGAGAAAGCUACCCCCUUGAGGCGCACCGACUCUUCAGAAUGGCCGACGCACCUGCACCAGUCAACAAGGUGGCCUCGUUUAAGAGGUCUAUGAGCCUCCAGGUGUCCAACCCUGCGGACCAAGCGACCACACCGGAGCCUGAGCCUGAGGUGGACGUUGCCCCCACUCCCACGAUAGCGGAGGUGGACGCGGCCUUUGAGAAGGAGCUGGAGGAACUCCAAAAGGCGCAGCCCGAGGAGGGGAAGUAAAGCACCGCACUGGAAGCCGGGAUGCGUUGUGUGGGGAGCAGGUGUGACGACGUCAGGCUCGGCUCUGGCACACCAACCUGCGGCACAAAGGAUGCGGGGCGGCGGGGAUUCAUGUUGUGUUUGGGGGCUCGCGCCAUUAUGUUGCCUACUACGUCAGGUCGUGCUGUCGUACUGACUGACUGCGUGGUGGGCGACUUUCAUGACAGUAAUGUUUACAUUCAAGGCAGAUUGGUCAGAGCGGCAUCGGGACAGUUAACCUCAUGACCCUGUUCAAGAGAUUGAUGUAUCUAACUUAAUGUGUGUGAGACGGUCAGGGCAACCGCCCGCGGAGCCGUAAGCCGGUCUGGAAGUCUGCUCGAGACGGUGCUAUACUGCUGUAACACUGACGUAUGCACAUUGCCAUUGGCUAGUGUGUCGUGUGCACCCCUGGUCGUGUGGCACCGUUUAUGAAUGCUGUGGCUCGCUGCAACCUACGGAGCCCCGAGGUGCUCCUGCCAUGCGCGCCGUGUGCUGAGUAAGACCAGUGGGGUAGAAGGACAUGCCAAACGGCACUUG